AUGUCUGCGCGUCUCGUACCUCGGACGGCGCUGAAGCAGCUGCGAUGGAGCGUCCAAAGACGAGCAGAGUCUACCACGUCUCAAGUCGCCAGUACCGCAUCUUCUACCGCAUCCUCUACCGCAGCGAAAGCGAAGGAGACUGCGUCUCAGGCCGCCGGAAAGGCACAGCAAGGUCUCUCAAGAGUCACAAGCUCCGCCGGUAACGCUGUCAGCAGUGCAGCAACGAGCGCUAGCGAGGCUGCCUCUGCCAGUACUGGCCGCAUUGGGCAGGCAAUGAACUUCGUGCAAAGCCUCUACCCUCCUACCAUGUACUACAUGCGCGUCGCCGGCGAGCUCGGAAGGCUCAUGAUUCAAGGACGGAACAUGUACCCACCAACCAUGCAAACCAUCAACUCGUACCUUACGCCGGUACAGAAUGCGAUCCGCAACCCGUCAUCCCUCAUGUCCCGAACAACCUCGACCGCGACGUCUGCCGCUAACACGGCACAAAAUGCCGCUACAGAGGCAGCAAGCAACCCGCAAUCUUUCCUCACGCGGUUACGGAACUUCGACACAACAACUCUGCAGACAGCCGGCGUCGUGACGGCGGAGGUUGUGGGGUUUUUCUGUCUUGGCGAGAUGCUCGGUAGACUGAAGAUUGUAGGCUAUUGGGGUGCACACGGCGAGCAUCACUAA